AUGAGAAGUCCUUUCCUCGAUUAAAAAAAAAUAGAUCAAAAAUGGAAAUAAUAUAAAGGAAUUAAUUCUCAUAAUUGUGUGAUAAAGCUUGAUAUUCCUGAAUUAACAUUUAAUAAAGAUGAAUUAACAAAAAAUUAUGUUUAAAAUCUAUUAGAUUACUAUGAAAAAGGUACUAAUCAAAUUAAAACUAGAAUUUUAACUAAACUAAAGCUCUAAAAAAUAGAUUGAAGCUGAAAAAAUAUUUAAGUAAUUAAAUUAGUACGGUUUGGAUGUAAUGGAAAAGUUUGAAUGUUAUGAAUAAUGUGAAUAAAUUUUCAGUUGGAUUAUUAAUCAUAAAUCAUACUUGUAAAUCCCCACUCAAAUGUAUAUAUUUUGACCUAUGCUUAAAAAUAGUUAUUUAGCUCACCGUAAUAUAAGUAAUUUAUAUAUGAAAAAAGGGAAUCCAUAAUAAGCAAUAAAUGCUCUAGAGAAGGCUUUAAAUUUAACUUCAGAUUGUGGUAUAAAAAAUUUAAGAGCAAAAACAUUGAUGAGAAUUGCAAGUAUUUAUAAUAAGAUGUAUAUGUAAAGAUAAUUUAUUAUUUAAUUAAGGUAUUAAAAAGUUUUUUAAGCUUUAAAUGAAGCUUUAGAAUUAAGUAGUCGGGAUUUUGAUCCUGAUAAAUAAGAAACUGGAAUAUAAUUAAUCGAAGCUUAUUUUAAAUGUGCAUCUUAAUUGGAAUAAUUAAAUCAAAUGAGAGAAGCUAUGAAACAAUAUUAAAAAGGAUUAGAAAUUAAGAAUAAAUAUAUUGAUGAUAGUAAUCUUUAAGAUAAAGAUUUCUAAAAUAAAUGUUAAAGGGCAUAAUAAAGUUUAAAUGCAUUAUAAUAUGGAGCAACAAUUUUAUAAAAAGAAGAAAAUAAUGAUGAGAUUAACUAAUUAAAUAAAGACAAAGAAUUUUAAUAUUAAAAUUCAAAUAAAAUAAAAAAAAAUAUUCAUAAUCUUGCUCCAAAAAAUAAUAAAUAAUAAAGGUUUCUAAAAUGUAUUAAAGAAUUUUUAGAUUGUGCAGAAUAUAUUGAAGUUGAAGUAAUUAACAAACUAUCUGAUUAAGUUGAUACUCUAUUAGAAUAACAUUAAGGUUUACCAAUUAAGAUUAAAUUAAAAGGUUACCAUAUUAUUAAAGGAAAAAAUUAAGUAAAACAAAAUUCCAAUAUUUAUCAAUUAAUAGGGCAAGAAGAAAAUAAUAUUUCUUAAUAAGAAUAAAUGAUUUAUCUUUAAAGUAUUAUCAUUAAAAAGUUUCUAAAAGAAGCUGUUUAAAAUAAUAUAAAAUUAAAUAUUAAUUAGGAAUUAUUUUAAUAUUUAAUCAAUCCAUUGAAAACAUAAGAAAAAUAAGAAUAAAAAAAAGCUGAUGAAUUUUUUUUGAAAUUUAAAAUCAAAUUAGAUCGUUUUAUAAUAUUAACUGUUAAUUUUGAUUCAGAUGAUGAAAUUACAAAAAUUUACAGAUUAUUAUGUUAAGACGAAAUUUAAAAAAAACUAAUUUAAUAACUUAAAAUAAAAAAAUUGGAUUUAUUACUGCCUUCUAAUAUUUCUUUAGAGGAUUUUAAUAAUUUAUAUGUAUUAGAAAAUUAGGCUUUAGAAUUAAAAUAUACCUCAAAUUAAAUUAUUUUAAUAUGUUAAUAAAAAGAAAAGUUGAACAUUAAAUUAUUAUAAGAGUAACUAAAUGAUUUUGUGUAGAAAUAUAAUAAAUUUGAAUUAAUUAAAGAGUAAUUUGAAAUUGAUUUGGCCUCUCUUCCAGAUAAUAAUUACAUAGAAAAAUAAGUAAAAUAACUUUAAGAUUAAGAAGAAUGGUUAGAAAUUAUUAUAUCACAUCCAUCACUUUUAAUAGGAAAUAAAAAAAUGUUUUUUGUAGGAGUCACUAUUUAAAUAUGGAUAUAAGAAGAGAAAAUGAAAAAUGAGGAGGAUAUUGUAGAAAAAAUUUCAAGGUUAAAAAAUGAUAUAAUGUUAAUAUUUUUUCCUAUUAAGUAGAUUGUUGUAACUGAUAAAUUCAAAAUUAUGCUAUGGGAAUAAUUUUUGAAUUAAUUUUAUAUGAAUAAUCUUUUGGGAUGUUGGACCAUUCAUAAAAAUCCAUCUUUGAUGAUAAUUGAACUUUAAGGAGAAAUUGUUAUGAUAAAUGAUAAAUAUAGGUAGAUUUUAUCAGAUUUAAAUGAGUUUUCAUGUGAAAAAUUUAGCUUUAAUUGUUAAGAAUAAAUUAUUAAGAUCCUUAAUAAGAAAUAAAAAUUUGACAAUUUAUAUAAAUCAAUUUUGGCAAAUAUUGCUAAUUAAUUUGGAAAAUGUUUAAUAAAGAUUUCUGGUGUUAAUCUAAUGGAAUCAACCAUUUUAGUCUCUAUAUUUUAUCAUGAAUAGACAGAUUUAUAAUUAAUAAAAUAACAAUUAUAUGAAUAAUUUUUUGAAUAAUUGAACUUCCAUAGUUAAAAAAAUUUUGAAAUUGAAGAUUUAUGGCAAUUUUUAGGAAUGGAAAAAUAAAUUUUUCUUGAUUAACAUAAAAUAAUUGUAUCUAAAAUGAACAAAGAAUACUAUUUUAUUGGAUUGAACAUGAAUUUAAUGGAAAUUAAAAAACUAUUAAUAGAAAUAGAAAAAUAAAAUUCAGAAAAUUAAAUAAUUAAUAUAAUUGAUUGCCCAAAAAUUCUUAUUUUUAAUCGACUGAAAUAAUAGUUUUUAGAAACAGAAUUAUUAUAAAAUGAAUAUGUUUCGAAUGUUUAUGUGAAUUAUUCAUAAGAAUUCAAAAUUAUAUUACGUGCAAAGGAUUAACUUGAAUUAGAUGAAAAAUAAAAUAAAAUUUGUGAAAGAAUUAAAUAACUUGAAAACUAAACAGUUAUUAAAAUUUGCAGAUUAUAAGCAAAGCAAAUUAAAUAUUUCGAAAAACAUUUAAGAUCAUUUUAUAAAGAAUUAGAAAAGUAAAAUGAUGUCAUAUUUGAAUUUUAUAAGAAAUUUAGUUACUAGAUUUUAUCGUAACUAGAAUGUGAUAAUAAAAAAAUUUAAGUUGUUUCAACAGAUAUCACUUUAAUUGAAUGUGAUGCUAUUGUAAAUUUUAGUCAUUAUAUUGUUGGAUAAACUUAAAAAUUGAAUUAAUAAAUUUUGGAUUUUGGUGGUUAAGCCUAUCAAAGAUAUAUUGAAAAUAUUAUGAAUGAUAAUCAAUAAUCAAAUUAAAUUGAAGUUACUGUUUUUUAACUGAGUCAAUUUAGGCAUAUAAGAUAUAUAAUAAAUGCGUUUAUUACUUCAGACAUUAAUAAAAAUUAAGCAUAGUAUGAAUAAAAAUUAAAAAAAAACAUAGAAGCUAUAUUUGAUAAGAUUGAGAAUAAUAAUUAUCAUAUUUAAACCUUAGUUAUACCUAUAUUAAAUAUGGAAGAUAAGGAAUCAUAAAUUAAUGAUUAUGUGACAAAUAUAUUUCUGAACUGCAUCAUUAAUAGAUUUUUUUAAUGUAAUAAUUUAAUUAAAACAAUUAUUAUAAACCAACCAAAUUAUUUAAGUAUUGAUUAAUUAAAUCUAAAUUUUUAGAGAACAUUAUCAGGUCAAUAAUAGAAUGCUAAAUUUUAAUGGCAAUGGAAAAGUGAAACAAAUUUUGAAAAUUAUCCUUUGGAUAUUAAUUUGUAAAUAGAUAAGGGAUAUUCAAAAUUUUUAGAAUCAAAUUAAGAAAUUGCUGUGGCAUUAAAUUAUAAAAUUACCUCUUUACCAGGUACUCAUUUUGUAGAUUUAUAGAAUUUUACAAUAUAAGAGUUAUCAUCUGGUUAAUAAAGUAAGUUAACAUUUAAGAAUAUUAAUAAUAAUAAAAAAUACUUUAUAAAUUACGAAUAAGUUAAAAAUUCUUUAAACGAUUAUUUUUUAAGUUAAGAGCAAAAUCAAAAUUAUUAAUUUUAAAUUUUUUGGAAGAAAUUAGCUGUUUUUUUUACAACCGAAGGAGUUUACUAAAUUAAUAGAAAAACAAAUUAUAAAAGAGAAAUAUAAAAAUACCCGUUUAUUUAUGAAGAUAAUAUUUUAGUUAAUUAAAAUUAUAUUUUCAAAACUAAAAUUAAUUAAAAAAUUGAAAAUACUAAUUCAUUCUUAAUCUAAUCAUUUGAUCGAAAAGUAAAUGAAAAAGUUUUGAAAGAAAUUAAAACUGAAUUAUAAAAACACUUAAUUAAUUACAAUUUAUAAAUUCCUCACAUAGGAGAUUAAGAUUUUGAGAAAUUCUAAAAAUUUUUAGAUUCAGUUACAUAAAGAUAUCAUGGUAAUAUUAAUAAAGGAUAAUCAAUCUAAAUUGAAAUAUUUAAAAAUAAGGAACAAAAAGUUUAAGCUUAAAUAGAAUCAAUUAAGAGUUAUGUAAAGUAAUAUCCAAAGAAAUGGAUAAAAUAAAGUGAAAAUUUUAUUAAAGUUCCACUUCAAUAAAAUUCUAAGGAAUUUACUAAAAUCUAAAAGAAUUUUUAGAAAACUGAUGAUUGA